AUGGAAACUUCUGAAAAAAUCUCUAAACUCCAUUUCUUGCUCUUCCCUUUCAUGGCUCAUGGCCACAUGAUACCAACUCUUGACAUGGCUAAGCUCUUUGCCACCAAAGGAGGUAAAUCCACAAUCCUCACUACACCUCUAAACUCCAUUCUCUUCGAAAAACAAAUCAAAUCAUUCAACCACGAGAACCCAAAACUCGAAAACAUCACAAUCAAGAUCCUCAAUUUCCCAUGCACAGAGCUCGGUUUACCCCAAGGGUGCGAGAAUACCGACUUCAUCUUCUCAAGCCCUGACCUAAGCAAAGGUGACUUGAAUCUUAAGUUUCUACUCUCGAUGACAUAUUUCGAAGAGCAGUUAGAACAGCUCAUGGAGACAAUGAAACCAGACUGUCUAGUCGCCAAUAUGUUUUUCCCUUGGGCAACUAAAGUCGCUGAGAAGUUUAACGUGCCAAGACUUGUGUUCCACGGCACAGGCUUCUUCUCUUUGUGUGCUUCUCAUUGCCUAAGGCUCCAUAAGCCAUACAAGAAGGUAGCCUCGAGUUGCGAGCCCUUUGUGAUUCCUGAUCUCCCAGGAGACAUUGUGAUUACGGAGGAACAAGUCAUAGAGAAAGAUGAAGAGUCUGUUAUGGGGAAGUUUAUGAAGGAGAUCAGAGAUUCAGAGAGAAAUAGCUUUGGAGUGUUGGUGAACAGCUUCUACGAGCUUGAACCGGCUUAUUCCGAUUUUUUCAAGAGUUUUGUGGCGAAAAGAGCGUGGAAUAUCGGUCCGCUUUCAUUAGGGAACAGAGAGUUCAAGGAGAAAGCAGGAAGGGGAAAAAAGGCAAGCAUUGAUGAGCAUGAAUGUAUGGAAUGGCUUGAUUCCAAGAUAUGUGAUUCAGUGAUUUACGUGUCCUUCGGAACCCUGACGAGCUUCAACAACGAGCAGCUUAUAGAGAUUGCAUCUGGUUUAGAAAUGUCAGGACAUGAUUUUGUCUGGGUGGUUAAGGAAAAUGGCAGCCAAGGGGAGAAAGAAGAGUGGUUACCAGAGGGGUUCGAAGAGAGGACGAAAGGGAAAGGAUUGAUAAUCCGCGGGUGGGCGCCGCAAGUGUUGAUACUUGACCACCAAGCGAUUGGUGGAUUUUUGACGCAUUGUGGAUGGAACUCGCUUCUGGAAGGCAUUGCAUCAGGAUUGCCAAUGGUGACAUGGCCUGUGGGAGCCGAGCAGUUCUACAACGAGAAAUUGGUGACACAAGUGUUGAAAACAGGAUUGAGUGUGGGAGUGAAGAAGAUGGUGAAAGUUGUUGGUGAUUUCAUUAGCGGAGAAAAAGUGGAGAAAGCAGUAAGGGAUGUGAUGGUUGGAGAAGAGAGGAGAAGUCAUGCAAAUGAGUUAGCGGAAAUGGCGAAAAACGCGGUGAAAGAAGGAGGAUCUUCAGAUAUUGAGUUGAAUAGGUUGAUGGAAGAUCUUAAGGUGGUUAAAUUCCAAAAUGAGAAUGGAUAA